AUGCAGAGACUACUCUCUACAAUUGGUGAGGCAUUGGCACCAUCAAAUACUCAACUAGAUGAACUAAAGAAUCAUUGGCGUGCUAUAAAGACAUUCUACAAUGACAAUAAUGAGGAGAGCAAGGCACAGCCACCAACAACUGGACGACCUGGUCCAUGCUUUGACUUCUUCCUAAAGAAUAGAAUACUCGAGACACUAUGUCUACUUGGUGAACGUGAUACACCAUCAGGAGUACGCAAACUUGUAUUACAAACAACUACAAUACUGUUAAGUGAUGUAUCUAUGCCAUUGUUACCUCAUAUGAGCAUUCACAGACCUAUAUGUAGAUUGAUUAGUUCGAUUGUUAAUCAAGCACAGGAUCAAGACCUCAGUGACGACGAAGAUGAUGACAAAGAUACUCAUCAUGAUGAUCAUAGUCACGAUCACGAUCACGAUCACGAGCAAUGCGAGUAUGAUGAUGAACAACAACAGCAACAACAACAUAGUCUACAUAGCUCGGCACAUGAGAUUCAACAUCUGGUACCUAGUCUCAAUCCACAUGUGUGCGAUCAAGCCAAUGAUGAGAGUGAGUUUGUCAACUUGCUGGAGACACUCACAAAGAAGUUGAAGCUCAAUCCAAGCCUGGUGGGAUUCUUCCAGGAUGAGCGUGGAAUGCAUGGCGAGAGGUUCAUCGUCUACCGCGGCCUCUCCAGACAUCUGUGGACUGUGGGCUCGGUCGGCGAGCGAGCACGAAAGGCCCUACUACAAUGUUUGGAGCUGUUGCCAUCGACCAACAACUCACUAUCACAGGCAGGCGAGCAACGAUCACGUCGAGACAGCUCAGCGAGCAGGUCGCCGCCACAAUCACCUCUGAAGCGAUCGGCACUUGAACUAUCGAUGGAGGACCAGCCAGAGAUCGUCGAGUUUGAUCCAAAUGCACUGCUAAAUCGUGUUCAAUUCGUUGUGACACAGAUCAAACAGCUGGCCAAGGUAUACAGCUACCUUCCAUCCAAACUAGUGUCAUCAGCUGAUCAAUGUGGCGCAGACCUUCCACCAAUCGACCAAGACACCCUCUGUAUCCUCGAGUGUUACAAGGCUCGUGUAUCAUUCUGUUGCUCACUGUCAUCGAUCAAACAUCAUGACAUUGGAGAGAAUAUAUCAAGGUUAUGGGAUGAGCAAUUCAUUGCCAUUACACUCAAACAAGCAUUGUUGGACAAUGAUGAAUUACAUGCUGCCACGGCAAUGUUGUAUCUUAGAGAGAUAUUGCCACUUCUACAUGGUCCAGUCUAUCACAGGACAAUAUCAUUCAUAGUUGGCAGCUCAAUUCGUCCAGAGGCACAACAUCAUCAAGUCAAGAAAGAUGACGAUACCGAUGAGUUACAAAUCAGGACAGCUCUAAUCAAUCGAAUAUCACAUCCAAACCCAAUAGUCUCUCUGUCCUGUCUCCGACUAUUCUCGACACUUUUGUCAUUGAACAACUUUGUUGUGUUGUAUAAUAUGAUCAUUGUAAACCUACCUAUCGACCCUACACCAUUCUCCUACCAUAACCUGGCCACACUACAAGCUGCACAUCAAUCAAUCAAACAUUAUCUAUCAUUGUUUGUUGGAUUUGGCAACAACAGCAGCAGCUCUACAUUGGCAGACACUCAAUCAUCAUCGCAGACUGCAUCAACAGCAUCAACAUCAACGUCAUCACCAGGUGAGAACGAUCAGAUGAAUCAAUCACAAGGAUAUGCAUCAUACUUGGUGGACGCACGUUAUCAAGUAUCAUUCUACAGUACAGCAUGUGCUCCAUGGCCAGACAACUACCUGUUCAUCACAAAGGAAGCCUACCAGCUACUUCACAACAAUGGUGGCAGUGGAAGGCUAAACAGCAGCGGCAAACGUAGUAGUGGUCGUGGCAUACCCCCAACCUCUUCAUUCGAGAGUCUACACAUAAGUCAUAACAGACAAGGACUAAGCAAUUACAACAUGGGACCAUUCCUCGAAGAGAUAUUCAAGUUGCUACGCAAUGUUCUGAGCCUACCAGUUGAGAUCACCUCUGUCCUCACUGGUAUAAUAUCCAAACUAUGCUACUAUCCAUGUCCACAACUCUAUCCACACCUGGUACAUGUGUCCACAUCCGGCCAACAACAAAUGCUCUCUACAACACCAACUUCCAAUCAUUCAAGUAACUCUCCAAUACCAUCACUACACUCUGUUCUUCAAGAUUUAUCCAAUCAGAUAAAUGAGAGAUCAAAGGAUAUUCAAUUAUUCGAUCAGUCCAUUGAGACAUAUAGAUCACACUUGGCCAACUUGUAUACACAUGAACAAGAUGAUAAUCAAGUUAAGGAGCCGCCUGCCUUACCAUCGACGAUGGAGGGAUUAUCCAAACAACAAUUGGACUUCUUACAUUCAACCAUUAUCUUACAAGAGUUCAGCAAGGAGUUGGCAUCGAUCAUCCAUGCCAGAGUGAUCUUCUCUCACAACUAUUGA